CUCGGAAUUCACCCUCCGCUCCACCUUGCCUUCAACCUCCUUGCAACUUCAAGCUUACCAAUCGCUACUCUACAAGUGCGCGGUCUACACUACCAGUUUGCGAUGUCCUGAACAUCAAUCUGACUGAAAGUAAUUUGUGUGAUGCGACCAUCCUGCAAUUGAACGUCCCGCCAUGGUCCCGUCCACCUCCGAACCGGACGAGACAUCGAGCUCUCUAAUUGCCCACGAACCACUGAUCGACAGACCAGUGAGCCCACAGACGGUGAAUCCAAGAGCUUCAUCACGAGUUUUGCUACGACUCUACAUCUCUCACUCUCUCUCGACAUGGAAUUCCCGCAUGUUUGAAUUCGGGGCGGUCCUGUUCCUGGCGUCCAUCUUCCCCGGAACCCUGCUAUAUGCCUCAAUCUACGCACUCGUGCGGUCCUUAUCGGCCGUUGUCUUGUCAUCAUUGCUCGGUUCGGUUGUGGACCAAUCCAAUCGAUUGACUGCACUUAGACAUUCGAUCGUCUGGCAGCGACUCCCCGUAGCGGGCUCCUGUGCUUGCUUUGUGGUGCUACUUGCUUCGUCGAAUUUGACGCUGAGGAUCCUGCUCUUCUUAACGACAGUGGUGCUGGCCUGUUUCGAGAAACUCGCCGCCACGGCCAAUACAGUAGCAGUGGAGCGGGAUUGGGCCAUUGUUGUGGCAGAUGCUUUGGAGAUACCUCGUCAAGACCUCAACGCAUCUAUGAGAAGAAUAGAUCUUUUUUGCAAGCUCAUUGCCCCCAUAUUCAUUUCGCUGGUUGACGGCUUCUCCACCAAAGCUGCUAUAUGGACGACUCUGGGGGUCAACGUGUCUUGUGUUGCUGUUGAAUACGUUGCCAUCGCACAGGUCUAUGCUUCAGUUUCUCAGCUGGGACGUAAUAUGCCAGCGGCUGGAUCGGAGGGCGCCCUGGGCAGUGCGACUGAAACUCGGAGCGUAGCUCAGCGAUUUAAGCAGCGGAUCACAGACGCUGCAGCUCCGUGGAAAGAGUACACUCGAAGUCCCCUCUUCCUAGCCAGCUUUGCUUUGAGUCUACUCUAUCUGACGGUCUUGUCUUUUGGCGCGACCAUGGUCACUUACCUGCUUCACACCGGUUUCACCCCCCUGCAAGUGAGCGCAAUGAGAAUUGGUGCUGUGGCGGCGGAGCUAUCCGGGACUUGGGCGGCUCCAUUCAUCAUGAACAGAAUCGGACCCAUACGGUCUGGGUUGUGGUUCUUGAACUGGCAGUUCGUCUGUCUGGUGACAGCGGUGGCGGCCUUUGCCUUACUCGACCCCUCUUCCCAGGUGGUCGCUGUCAGUCUGAUCGUGGGCGUGGCGCUCAGUCGGGUCGGGCUAUGGGGAUUCGAUCUGUCCGUACAGUUUCUGGUGCAAGAGGGAGUCGACGAAGAUUGCCGGGCUCGGUUCUCCGCGACGGAAAUAGCUCUCCAAAACAUCUUCGAGCUGCUAUCAUUUGCGACUACCAUCGCCUUCCCCUCACCGGAACAGUUCAAGUACCCAGUGUAUAUCAGCUACGGUGCCAUCGCAAUGGCUGCAGCUUUCUUUGCGGCGUAUGUGCGCAAGGAACGGGGACAUUUGCUCCAUACGUCGAAAUGCCUCGGUGGGGACAAGAAGGGGCUUGUACCUGGGGAGGUGCUCUACCACAGGGUACGGUGAAGAAAGCAGGACAGUCUUAUGUCAUAUAGAAGUGAUGAUUCCAGUAAAUACAUCCACCUUACGUGU